GAAGUAUAGACCCUGUGGCAGAGUCAAUCCAUUCAACAAUUCCUUUUCUUUCAGUUAUCACCCCUCGCUAUGUGGUUCCUUUUGGUCACCGCUGUGGCAGCGGUCGCCGCUACACAGGACCUCCCCCAAGGCUACGCCCCCGUUCCUGUCUCCUGUCCUGAUAACCUCCAAUGGGUCCGGCCAGCAGUUGGUCUCAGUCAGGACGAAGCAAGCUGGGUUGAAGGCCGGAAGAAAGUCAUUCUGAACUCAUUGGACGCGUAUCUGGACCGGCUCGAGCUGGAAGACUUUGACAGACAGGAGUAUGUAUCACGUCUCGACCAAACCAGUCAGACACCCAUUCUGGGGCUUGCAAUCAGCGGUGGUGGCUUCGGAUCCGCCUUCACUGGAACAGGAGUGAUCCGUGCCUUCGACGAUCGGCUCAUGGAAGCGAAUGAGCAAAGAACUGGCGGGAUACUGCAGAGCUUGACCUAUAUAUCAGGUCUCUCAGGGGGCUCCUGGCCCACCGUGUCAUUUCCAUCCUAUGGAUUUCCCACCGCAGAUGAGAUUGUGGAUUACUGGAAACCCGAGAUUGAUCGUUUGUUGACGGUCAAGAAUAACACUGCCGACGCCGCUACUGGUGACACCCUUUUCGAACAGAUUGCCACCAAGUUCCUUGCUGGGUUUGAUAUAGGCGUUGGAGACUACCUUGGUCGCGGAUACGCGUACGAAUUUAUCCCGGGAGAGUCGGGUGGUAUCAGCACCACGUUUUCGGGGAUUCGAAACUUGAGCCAAUUCAUCACUCAUGAAAUGCCCAUGCCAAUCAUCCAUUUGGCUUCGGUUGAGUCGGGCGAUCCAGAGUAUGAUGGGCUUCUGGAGCCCAGGGCCAAUGGAACAAUUUUUGACGUGACUCCAUUUGAAUUCGGUGCCUGGAGUGGAAGUGUCCGUGCAUUUACACCAACUGAGUGGAUGGGAAAUCAACUUUCCAGGGGAGCCCCCGUCAAUGAGAGUACAUGCUGGCGAGGUUUUGAUCGUUCAUCAUUCCUUAUCGGCUCUUCCGCCAACGCCUUCAACUUCUGGUACCUGGAGACUAUUUCCAAUGGAACCCUCGGGCAGUUUGCGAAGCGAUCCUCCAAGAACAACCUAGCCAAGCGACUCACCCCACCGAGCGAUCUAGACGAAUUAGUUGAUGCUUUCAAGGAGUCAUUCGAUCUGCAUCUGACCGACAUCACCUAUAGCACAUACCCCAAUCCGUUCGCCAACCUCUCCAGUUCCAGCGGAAACGCGCACACAUCCCCCGACCUGAACCUCGUCGACGGUUCCGAAACCGGUCAAACCAUCCCGCUCUGGGGACAAAUCCAACCCGCACGGAACGUAGACUUCAUCAUUGCGUGGGACGAUUCGCAAGAUGCAGACCCCUAUGACUGGAACAACGGUACCAACCUAUACAACACCUACACCGCCGCCAAAGCAGCCGGUCUGCCCUUCCCAGUGAUUCCACCCGUGAAGACGAUGAUGAAUCUGAACUAUACCAUCCACCCGCAGCUGUUCGGCUGUGACGCGAAUCUCACCACCACCGGAGAUGAUCGGGCCCCAAUCGUGCUCUACCUGGCGAAUGCCCCAUAUAGCGCGUACACGAACUUCAGCUUCUGGCAGACCUCCACGAGUCGGGAGCAGAUGAACGAGAUCUUUGUGAACAGUUUUGACAUCGUCACGCAGGCGAACGGGACGUGGGAUGCGGAGUGGCCGGCUUGCAUUGGUUGUGCAGCUGUUGACAGGAGCUUGGCUCGUAUCGGGAUGGAGCGAACUAAUCAAUGCGAACGAUGCUUUGAGAAGUAUUGCUGGAACGGGGAGUUGGAUGAGCGAGACCCUGGAGAGAUGGACCCCACGCUGGUUUUGGACCCGGGGGUUGGGUUUGACGAGUGGAACGCUACACAUCCUUUCUGAUAGGAGUCUGGCUGUUACAGCAAUUUUAUGUGAUGCU